AUGGAAAAUAUCAACAAGAUCGAGGACACUGGAGAGAAAGACGACCUAGACAAGUCAGACCAGCUACCCAUUAAAGCCAGCGGUUUUAGUGCGGAAUCAUUUUGCUACAUCUGCAAUAUCGCAUUCGUUGUCUGGGCCCCGAAAUCAACCCCAGAGGUAUAUUCCGACAAGGCCCUGCUACCUGACAAGCAAGACAGACAUUGUAUUUCCUAUUAUCGCCUCAUUCUCUUCCACCCAGGGAAAAAUAUAUGUCGUAUCUCCGGCUUAUCAUGCCUUAUCGAUGGCGACUAUAGCUUUCACACACGCCAGGCACCCUGGGACGAACACACGGCGAUCAUGAGAUCCACAAAAAAUUCAUGCUUGAAUAACGAACUUGCGACGGCCCUCCAGUACGAGAGCCGGCAUUUAUCCGGCAGUGAUAGGCUUACAUGCCUGGAAGUUCAUGGUCGUUGCUGGCAGUUACUCUGCAAGCACAGGAUUUGGUCUCUGUGUGGGGGUGACAUCAAAAUCGUGAUGCGAGCUCUAUAUCGCAGGCAUCUCCAUCAAAAAAAGCAGCCAUUAAACUCGUUUGAGGGUUUUGAUGAGCUUCUUCAGGAUGACAGGGAACUAGACCCUUUCUACAGUGACCGGAUACGGUUUAUAAUCCGCCAGGCUGGACGCAGGACGCGCACACAAUAUCACCCUAUACAAUGCAGGCCUAGGACGAUUUACCUGAGUCGACUCCCGCUAGAGAUUCUACUCUUGAUAGCAAAUUCACUCCCGUCCACAGACGCUGCAGCGGUCCAGAAGGCCACCGGAUCUUAUUUAGGUGAUACAUACUGGCGCUCAAGAAUCCCAGACGUCUUUUACGAAGUUCGAGACCUGUCCACUGAGAGCCUAAACUGGGAGUAUCUAUGUUUGGAGCUGGAAAGGCUGAAACUCCGCUGGACCAUAUUUUAUUGCAGUCGCGACUACACUUGGGAAAAGCUGGAUGAGAUGGUCAGGUUCAUUGGUGAUAAUUUUAAUAAUACAUGA